AGGAGGGCCGGCUGGUCUGUGAGGCGCUCAAGGUCGUGGUGUUCGACGAGGUGGACGCGCUGUUCACGUCCUUGUCGCGGAAGGACCACUUGCAGAUGCUCGUGGAGAGGACCAUGGAGGGCACGGAGGCGCAGAAGAUCCUCGCCUCGGCCACCGGUGCCACCAGCGAGGAGCUGGCCGAGUUCGCGGAGCAGCACCUGCGCAAGCCCUGGCUGGACUCUCCCUGGCUGGGCGUCGAGAUGCCCUUGGGCGUGCUGCACUUGGCGAACGGAGCCCCCGACAUCCCCAAGAAGCUGAAGUUCUUGCAGCGCUUGACCUCUAGCAUCGAACCCGAGCCAACUGGCAUUAUCGUGUUCUGCAACAAUGUCGAGCGCGUGCGGAAGGUCUUGCAGGAGCUCAGGCGCAUGGGCAUCCCGUCGCAGGCGCUGACUGGCAACCGCAGCGCGGCGGAGCGCGUGGACGCCAUCAAGAACUUGGGCAAAGGCGUCAUAGAGGUUAUCGUCUGCACCGACGUGGCUUCUCGAGGACUUGACUUCAAGGAGUUAUCCCACGUUGUCAACUUCGAGAUGCCCCCGGACGCGCACGCCUACGCGCACCGUGCCGGCCGCGUCGGCCGUGCGGGCAAGAGCGGCAUCGUCAUAAGCCUUGGCGGGGGCGGUUCCGAAAACAACCGGCUGACCAACUACGCCAACGAGCUCGGCAUCACGGUGCACGAGUGCAACGUGGACUCAGGCCUGCUGCAGGUGUACGACCCGCGGGAGGACCCCCACAACGGCAGGCACGUCAAGGACUUCUUCGACAGCCUCGAGCAGAAGAAGCAGUGGACCGCCUGAGCGUCGCCGCCCGCGGCCAGCGAUUCACCGCGGAGCCGAGACCAGCGUUCGCACAGUCUUCUCGGCCGCCUGGUCUUGAUCUCGACCAGGAAAAGUCUCAGAGAGGGAGGGAGGAGACAAGGGCUGCCCUUUUUCCCAUUUUGGCCUUCGCGGGGGCUCCUCGUCGCCACGGCUGGACGCAGAGUGGAAAUCUGGUGCGC